CAACCGUUCAUUCUACCAACCAUUCAAACGCCAUUCCUAUAACAGUCCCAAUCUAAAUCACCACUACUCGUCCAACUCAAACAGAAACCCAAAACCCCCAUAUGUAAAAUGACCAUCCUACCCCUGCUACUCUACGCUUCCAUCACUGGGUUACUACUCUAUGUUUUGCUUAACCUACGCACCCCUCGUUCUAACCGCCUCCCGCCCGGUCCAACCCCAUGGCCAAUCAUCGGAAACUUACCUCAUCUCGGCAGAAUUCCGCAUCAUGCGUUGGCGGCCAUGGCUACAAAGUACGGCCCGUUGAUGCAUCUCCGGCUCGGCGUCGUUGACGUGGUGGUGGCGGCGUCUGCGUCGGUGGCGGCACAGUUUUUGAAGGUUCAUGACGCGAAUUUCGCGAGUAGGCCGCCGAACUCCGGAGCGAAGCAUAUCGCGUAUGAUUAUCAGGAUCUGGUGUUUGCACCGUAUGGUCCGAAGUGGCGAAUGCUUCGGAAGAUUUGCUCGGUGCAUCUGUUCUCGAACAAAGCACUCGAUGAUUUCCGUCAUGUUCGAGAGGAGGAGGUGGCGAUUCUGGCGCGCGCUUUGGCCGGAGCCGGACGAUCGACGGUGGCGUUAGGUCAACUUCUUAACGUGUGCACCACAAACGCGUUGGCACGAGUGAUGUUAGGUCGGAGAGUAUUCGGCGACGGAAGUGGAGGCGUCGAUCCAAAGGCGGAUGAAUUCAAGGAUAUGGUGGUUGAGCUGAUGGUAUUAGCCGGCGAGUUCAACAUCGGCGACUUCAUUCCGGCGCUUGAUUGGCUGGACCUGCAAAGCGUGACGAAGAAGAUGAAGAAACUCCAUCUCCGAUUCGAUUCGUUUCUUAACACAGUCCUUGAAGACCAUAAAAAUGGCGGUGACGUCGUUUCAGGUAACGUAGAUUUGCUGAGCACGUUGAUUUCGCUCAAGGAUGACGCCGAUGGAGAGGGAGGGAAGCUUUCAGACAUCGAAAUCAAAGCUCUGCUUCUGAAUUUGUUCGCUGCGGGAACAGAUACGUCAUCUAGUACAGUGGAAUGGGCAAUGGCUGAACUUAUUCGCCAUCCACAACUAAUGAAGCAAGCCCAAGAAGAAAUGGACACUGUAGUCGGUCGAGACCGACUUGUAUCUGAAUUGGACCUGAGUAGACUAACAUUCCUUGAAGCCAUUGUGAAGGAAACCUUUAGGCUCCACCCAUCGACCCCACUCUCCUUGCCACGGAUUGCAUCUGAGAGUUGUGAAGUCAAUGGAUAUUACAUUCCCAAGGGAUCCACGCUUCUUGUUAACGUGUGGGCCAUUGCUCGAGACCCAAAAAUGUGGACCGACCCGCUUGAAUUCCGACCCAGUCGAUUCUUGCCAGGGGGUGAAAAGCCGAAUGCUAACGUGAAGGGAAAUGAUUUCGAAAUCAUACCAUUUGGAGCCGGUCGAAGGAUUUGUGCAGGUAUGAGCCUAGGGUUAAGGAUGGUUCAGUUGCUCAUUGCGUCACUCGUUCAUGCCUUCGAUUGGGAAUUGGCUAACGGGUUAGACCCAGAGAAGCUCAACAUGGAAGAAGCUUAUGGGUUGACCCUUCAAAGGGCUGCACCCUUGAUGGUGCACCCAAGCCCGCGGUUAGCUCCCCAUUUAUACAAAAGUAGUUAAAGACUAAUGUUGUGUUCUCGAAACUUUUAUCACGAAAAAAAAGAAAAGAAAUGGAAGUAAAGUAAAAAAAAAUCACGUUCUAUGAACCUUUUUAGGGGAGAGAAAUAAUAAUAAGUUUCCUUCCCAAACUCUUUUCUUAAAGGGAGGAGGAAAGAGACGGAAAAUAGAGGGAAAAUAUUAAAACCCUUUAAACAAAUUAUCAAAAUUACAAUUAACAUUUCAUUUUAAAUGACAUAUUUUAAACGGUUUAUUUGUAAAAUCAGUAUCUUCCCUUUCUUUCCUGUCAUGUUUAAGAACUGUAUUUCCUUUUUUUCCGAAUUCGAGAACACAGAAUAAAUGAUAGGGUGUUUUUUUUUAUGUAUGUAGUUAUGUUUGUUUGAAGUUGGUUAAUAAAA